GAUCAGCGAGAGCCCAAUAUUUGUGCCCGGUGUCUGGGGACCGUACUACUCCGCCAUGGUGCCGGGAUACUGGCUGAACGAAGGUGGACAGAGUGCGACCGGGAGACUGAUUGAUCACGUUGUGCGGGGCCAUAAUGGAUAUGAAGAAUUGCAGAGGAGAGCUGAAGAGAGCGGCCAGCAUGUGUAUGCCUACCUAAACCGUCACCUGGACCAGAUGAGGGCGACCCGGCCAGAGAGGAUCCUGGGAGCUGACUUACAUGUGUGGCCGGAUUUUCAUGGGAACAGAUCACCCCUCGCUGAUGUCACCCUGAAGGGGAUGAUUGUCGGACUAACACUAUCAAAAGGCUUGGAUGAUCUUGCACUUUUGUAUUUGGCCACGUUACGAGGUAUUGCGUUGGGGACGAGACACAUUAUAGAGGCGAUGAUGAAAUCGGGCCAUGCUGUCUGCAGCCUCUUUAUGUGUGGGGGGCUCAGCAAGAACCCCCUGUUUGUGCAGGUGCAUGCUGAUGUCACAGGUCUACCUGUCAUCCUAUCCAAAGAAGUAGAGUCGGUCCUGGUGGGUGCUGCCAUUCUUGGUGCAUGUGCUUCCGGUGAUUUUUCUUCUAUCCAGGUA